AUGAGCGAUCCAAGCGACUGGCGCAAAGGUUGCAAGCCAAAGUUCCACAUGAGCUGCAACACCAACUCAUUCCUAGAGCUACCCCGAACAGAGUUCUGGGGUUUCGAUCUCAAUUACUCCGAGUCCACUUCCUUGGAGGCUUGCAAGAAGAUGUGUGAAGAAGAUUGUUCUUGUGAAGGACUGCAUUAUGUGUCUGGUAGGUGCUAUCCUAAAAGCAUUCUCUUUAACGAGAGAGCUUCUCCGGACAUCCCGGGCAGCACGUACUUGAGGAUACCCGCAAGUAUAUCAACAUCGGGGUCCUCUACUCCUCAAAUGCACAAGCCCAUUUGCAAUGUUACAGACUCUGAAGCUACAGCAAGUUCUUCCAAUAUGUACGCGAGCAGCAGCGGGAAGACGAGAUGGGCGUAUUUCUAUGGUUUUAUAUCAGCGUUCGGUGCCAUCGAAAUCCUGUUUGUUGUAUCAGGAUGGUGGUUUAUUUUCAGAAUGGAACGGAAGCCAACAUCCCUGGAAGAAGGGUGCAGGGAGAUCUCCAGUCAAUUCAGGCGGUUCACAUAUAAAGAGCUCAGGAAGGCAACUGGGAAAUUCAUGGAUGAGAUUGGACGGGGAGGCUCAGGUGUUGUGUACAGGGGAGUAUUGGAUGAUAUGAGGGUGGUGGCGGUGAAGAAGUUGGGAGAUGCGAUCCAAGGAGAGCUCGGCGCUGAAAUGAGUCUGAUAGGGAGAAUUUAUCACAAGAACCUUGUGAGAAUAUGGGGGUUCUGCUCAGAAGGUGCGCACAAUAUACUAGUUACCGAGUAUGUGGCGAAUGGUUCUUUGGACAAGCACAUCUUCGGCGAACAUGGCACUGCAAGUGUUUUGGGAUGGAGCGAGAGGUUCAAGAUUGCACUAGGGGUGGCGCAAGGAUUGGCAUACCUUCAUCAUGAAUGCCUUGAGUGGGUCAUCCACUGUGAUGUGAAGCCUGAAAACAUACUCCUGGACGGUGAAUUUGAGCCUAAGAUUGCAGACUUUGGAUUGGCAAAACUGUCAAAGAGAGGUGGAGUUGGUUCGGACAUUUCACGGAUUCGAGGAACCAGGGGAUACGUGGCUCCUGAAUGGACUACAAAUCUUCCAAUCACCGCAAAGGUUGAUGUCUAUAGCUAUGGAGUCGUACUUCUGGAGAUGGUGAAGGGAAGCAGGGUUUCAAACUUGAUGGGUGAUGAGGAAGAGGAGGUUGAAGGAACGCUGAAAAGUUUCGUUAGGAUGUUGAAGGGAAAACUGGAGAGUGGAGAGGAAUCAUGGGUCGAAGAGAUUGUGGAUUCUAGAUUAAAUGGGCAGUUCAAUUGCAAGCAAGCAGAGAAGAUGGUGGAGAUGGUAGUAUCUUGCUUGGAAGAAGACAGAAACAAAAGACCGACGAUGGAUUCUGUAGUCCAUACGCUCCUGUCAUACCAUGAUGAGCCCAGCUCCCAGGAGGAACUAGCAGUAGCAUCUCCUAUCGUCGAUCAUGUGUGCAAUUAUAAGUCUCCUGGUCGUGUCUAA